AUGAUGCUCUGGGGCUGCUGCAUGCUGGGCAUGGGUUUUGUCACGGACUGGUCGGGGCUUAUGGCUGCUCGCUGGUUCCUGGGUCUCUGUGAAGCCGGUCUGUACCCGGGCAUCAACUAUUACCUUUCCUGCUGGUAUAAGCGCUCGGAAUUCGGUGUGCGGGCUCGGCGAUUUCCGGCUCCUUCGGGGGUCUCCUGGCAGCAGCCAUCGAUCUGGAUGGACGGCAUCGGCAACCGGCCAGGCUGGGCAUGGAUCUUCAUCCUAGAAGGCCUCUUGACGGUUGUCAUCGGCGCGUUGUCCUUCGUCAUGGUGCACGAUUUCCCCGACCAGGCGCGGUUCCUGUCCGCAGAAGACCGCACACGGGUGAUCCGCCGGCUGCGACUCGACCAGCAGGCCUCGGGCGGACACGAAGAGUUCUCAAUCAGGUAUUUUUGGGACGCCGUGCGCGACUGGAAGAUGUGGCUCGGCAUGGCCAUCUACAUGGGCUGCGACAUGCCGCUGUAUGCCUUCUCACUCUUCCUGCCCACCAUCGUUAGCGAUCUGGGCUGGUCCACUACUGUCGUACGCUCCCAACUGAUGUCGGUGCCGCCCUACGCGGCGGCCACGGCUUUCACCGUGCUCAUCGGCUUCGUGGCAGACCGGACACAGGCGCGUGGAAUGUGCAAUCUCCUGGUCUCGCUGCUCGGCGUGGCGGGCUUUGCGAUGCUGCUGGGCAGCGCCACGCCCGCCGUGCAGUACGCGGGCACCUUUCUCGGCGCCCUGGGCAUCUACCCGUGCAUUGCCAACACCAUCAGCUGGGUCGCCAAUAAUAUCAAGGGCUCGUACAAGCGCGGCAUCGUCUUGGGCCCGCGCUUCAUCCAUGGCCACGCCCUCAUCAUCGCAUACAUGACGGUCUUCCUGUUCGGCGGCUCGCUUCUAAUGACAGUCCUCCUGCGUCGCGAAAAUGCGAGACGGCGUCGAGGCGAUUGUGAUGGCUGGAUCCAGGGCAAGACGGAAGAGGAAGUUGUGGCGCUGGGUGACAGACGCCCGGACUUUAUCUAUACGGUUUAG